AUGGCCGUUGACACAUAUAAACACGGUAAAAAUCAAAAAAAUCUCGCUUUUAGCGCGUGCAUUUGGAGUCUCCCGACAAAGGCUAGCACGACGGAUCGAGGGUAUACUCUCUCACCAACGAACAGAUUGUUAUUGGUUGAUCAAGAAAAAGCGCUUUUGAUUUUGCUGCUCACGGAACGCCACGGAGAGCCGGCAAAGAUUGGAUUUAUCUUAAGCGUUUACCAGAUAAUUAUCAACGGAUCGUUCAAAGCCCUCAAGAAAUGGAACAUACGGCUUCCAAGCAUUAUGGCCAGGUUGAACGAUGAGACUGGAUUUAUUGUUGGAAAGGGGAAGAGGAGGCAGUGGCUACAGCAUAUCCAAAAGGGUGAAAAGCAUAUGGAGGAAUGGUAUAACCAUAUAAAAGAUGAGGAUUGGCUUACUGCACCGGCUUCAAGUGGUUUUAUAACCGAUGAGAUCGUAUUUGAAUGA